AUGGUGCUUCAACAACAUGAGCCCGCGCCGUUCGCGCCUCAAUCCUCCUUGUCCUUUACCCAAGGAUUUCUUCUCGGCCAGCUCUCAGUAGUCCUACUGAUUGGCGCUUUCAUCAAGUUUUUCAUCUUUGGUGAAGCCCCGCCCCCUCCGUCCCGGGGCAUCCAGAAAUCAUUACGAGAAAAACCGUCCACAUCGAAUGUUCUUCGUCCCGUACCUUCUACCUCUACAAACACCCGCUCUAUCCUACGCAAAACCUACUACAGUGCCAUUCCUACCAACCCUACUAGCAAACAUGGCCGACACCGGAUGCAUCACUCGUCGCAUCAGCCUGAGUCGCUGGACUGGUUCAAUGUGCUCAUUGCACAGACAAUUGCUCAGUACAGGGAGACAGCCUAUUCUCUCAAGGACUCGCCCACUUCAUCAAUCCUCAGCUCCCUAACGGCGGCCAUGAACAACCCGGAGAAGAAACCAUCCUUUAUAGACAAGAUAAACGUCACCGAUAUCUCACUAGGCGAAGAGUUCCCCAUUUUCAGCAACUGUCGCAUCAUCGCCGUUGACGACCCCAUGUCGGACGGUGGACGGCUACAGGCGCUACUGGAUGUCGACCUCAGUGACGACAACCUUUCCAUUGCUGUCGAGACCUCCAUGGUCCUGAACUACCCCAAACCGCGCUCUGCUAUCCUGCCAGUAGCGCUAUCAGUAUCAGUAGUCAGAUUCUCGGGAACACUUUGUAUAUCCUUGAUCCCAGCAUCAACCGAACCACCAGAACCACUUCAAACGCCCGCUGGAUCACCAGCACCCCCCACAUCAGACCCAGGGUACAACGCAGGGAAUCGACCCUCUGGCCCUGGAGAGGAAACAACCUCACAAAACCAUAUCCCACAAAAAAGCAGCCCAAAAAGCAAUGUUGCAUUUUCUUUCCUCCCAGAUUACCGCCUAGACCUCUCCGUGCGCUCGCUCAUCGGAUCCCGCAGCCGACUGCAGGAUGUACCAAAGAUAGCCCAGCUCGUUGAAGCGCGAGUCCACGCAUGGUUUGAGGAACGCGUCGUUGAGCCUCGAGUGCAAGUCGUCGGACUUCCAGACCUGUGGCCACGCAUGGGCAGGACAGGUGUUCGACCCGGCGAGGAUUCAGAUGCCGGGUCCGCGGUACCACCGCGUAGUGCUGGCUCUACCGAAGCAUCGGGGCCACCUCGGUUCUCCGACGACCAUGGUCGGGAACAGGAGGGGCUGCGCUUCCGUGGUGGCCUGGAUGCACGGUUGGGCUCACGCACGAGAAAUUUCAAUGUUGAUAUGGGCGGUUUGCGCAGCUCAAGUAUGACGAGACAAGGGAGUGACCAUUUUGAUAUGCCUGGUGCCAUGCCGUCGGGUACCCCAGUGGGCACGCCCGGCAUCCCAGACCAUUGA